AUGAGUCAACUGGGGGACGACUGCUCCAAGCAGCUCCUCCAGGAGCUGUCUGCCAUCCCGGACAGCCCUCCUACGACCCCGCCCUCUGCCCAGCAGUCCAGUCCGGGUGGUCCCGGAUAUCCUGUCUUCGUCGUGAACGCCACCGAGGCGGCGCAUGUCAGCGCGGCUGUCAAGUUUGGGCUCGAGGUGCACGAAUCCUUCAGACCCAGAUGCUGCAAUGUCAAGAUUGAAGGAGGUGCUGUCACUCUCGGGGCCGGCAUGCAGAUGGGGGAGAUCUACGAGAGCCUGGAUGCAUUCAACAGGACUAUUGUUGGCGGUGGAGCCAAGACAGUUAGCGUCGGAGGCUACCUGACAGGCGGCGGUCACAGCCUCCUGAGCGCCCGAUAUGGCCUUGCAGCCGACCAAGUAUUGGAGAUAGAGAUUGUCACCCCGAAAGGAGACAUCUUGACGCUGAACGAGUGCAAGAACACAGAUCUCUUCUGGGCUAUGAGAGGAGGAGGCGGCUCGACGUUCGGCAUCAUGACUUCGGUGACAAUCAAGACAUAUCCGACUCCGCCGCUGGUCAGCAUGACACUCCUGCUCGCAACGCUCGAUCCAGGGCCGUAUGCCUCAUCCGUCACGGAUGUGAUCGCAUAUUUCCUCAGCCAAUUCCCUUCACUUGGGGAUGCUGGUCUAUCGGGAUACGUAUUUAUGGUAGCGGGCUACCCGAACCCCUUUGACGGCGGGAACACCACGGUCGGAGGUGUCUACGGCCUGCUCGCAGUCCAAGACACACAGGAUCCAAGCGCAUUGCUAAGUCUCGUCGGCCCGCCGCUGGCUCACAUCGCGGCGACGUGGCCGGGCUAUUUGAUGGUGCCGAACGUGACAGCGUAUCCGAGUUUCUGGGCCUGGUUCAAGGACUAUGCCGACAACAAUCCCGCUGGCACCGACGUCUUUGUCGGCUCGCGCCUCUUGGACGAGCGCGCCCUGACGGCGGACUUGGACGCGAGCGCCGCUGCCUAUGGGCAGCUUCUGGCCGGCGGUGGUGCUGGCACGGCGCAUCUGGUGAGCGGGAAGGGCGUGCGCGAUGCCCAGCCGCGGGGAGGCGGUGAUGCUGUCUUGCCGGCGUGGAGGAGGUCAUAUGUGCAUCUCACCCGCUCAUCCCCCUUCCCGCCCCUGAAUGUGACUGCACGAGCUGAGGCACUCGUGAAAUUGGAUUAUUACAUUGAUGGGUUGCGCAAACUGGCCCCUGAGACGGGUGCCUACGUAAACGAGGUGUGCUAG